UUCGUACUGCGCAGGCGUCUGAAUCAUAUUGUAGGUUUUACAGCAGUGACGGACAAGUGACAGUGGCCCAUUCGGAGUGGAUUUUUCACGUAGUGUCUACACCAUUUUGACUAAUUGAAUUUUCGUAUUUAGUCCAACACAUUUAAAAGCGUUAGCGCGAUGGGAAAUCAAGCCCCCACACAUCCGCCAAUAGUUAUUCAACAAGCGCCUCCACCCGACGGAGGACACCCUCCAUAUCCGCCGCAUCUUGGACACCCUCCACCGCCCGACGGUGGAUAUCCUACGCAUCCGCCGCAAUAUGGAUACCCUCCACCACCCGACGGAGGAUACCCUACGUACCCGCCCCAACAUGGAUACCCUCCACCACCCGACGGAGGAUACCCUACGUACCCGCCACAACAUGGCUACGCUCCACCACCCGACGGAGGAUACCCCACGUACCCGCCGCAACACGGAUACGUUCCACCACCCAACGGUGGCUAUCCUGGAUACGCUCCACCGCCCGACGGAGGAUACCCUGGGUACCCGCCACAACCUGGAUACGGAGGAUACAACCAACCUAGAUAAAAAGUUACUUUUGUAAAUAAGAAUGGGGUGCAACAUAUCGUGUCGGCCCUGUUGCUGCUGCUGUAUACCCUGCCUCUGCUGCGACUGCUGCGGCGAACCCCC